AUGUUAUUACCACUUCUGUUUCUUUCAAGAAUACACAAGUAUUGUGCAUGUGUGGCGACAGUCCCAGGGGGCCCAGGGGUCCCGGGAGUCCCGGCGUGCAAUUGCCGUCAAGAUCUCUACGACACUUCCCUUUGCCCGCCAAUGGGACAGUGCUAUUUAGACCCGAAUGCAGUGGUGUACAACUUUGGAGUCACCUGCACCGCUUCUCUGAUGUGUCCGUCAGACUACUUCAUCAGAUUUCAGCUAGCAAAUGGCCAGUUUGUAAACAACAUUGCUAUGAGUUUGUACACCAAUCAACAGCAUCGACUGGAAUGUAGAAACCAGCAGUGGUUCUACUUGAGUCCUCGCGCACCCACAGGUGAACUCAUCAGCCACCUCGUCUGCUACGAGCGGCCUAUAGAAACUCCUUAUGCCUCAAGGCAGGCUCCAAAAGCACACUCUGCUUCCAGUUGCAAAGUAUGUUCGUCAGUCGUGAACAGUUCUCUCUGUCCGCAAAAGUACAAGUGCUCCGAGCCUUCGAUUGGAAGUUCGAACGAUGGUACAUCCGACUGCAAUUACUCCGUGAUUGAGUGUCCCGGAUCCGAUCUCCUUGUACAACUGAAGUCCGGGUCAAGCAUGAUUGUUUAUCCAGAAGACGUGCAAUGCGACGGAGAAUGGAUAUUCGAUGACGGUCGUCGAUCACAUCGAAUAGAAAGCAUGACUUGUCUCAUCAGAGUUUCCGUUCCCGAAACUCCUUCGAACUGCAAAUGUUCGUAUCCUCCUCCAAGAGAAAUAUGUACGACCCCAAAUGCAUGCACCGAUAUAACUGCCGGAAAUUCCCUUGAUGGAUGUUCUAUGAGGAUUCGUUGCCAGAAAGGCAAUCAUCUCGUCAUUAGGAAGAGACAAGAGGAUGGUGGAUUGAAUGCUCGUGAGCAGGUUGUGGCAGGGAAUAAUCCACUGCUGCUAUGCACCAACGGAAAUUGGCUGGUGAACAACAACGAUCGAGAAUUUCGCUUGGAAGAAAACGAAACUAUAUUCUGUGAAGAGCCCACCAAUCGUUGA